UUGCCUCUGUUUACCACGGCGGCUCGGUGUCGUGGUCCACUGCCUUCCACUCAGCGAGCUCUCCUCUCGCUUCUCCGCGCGCUCUCUCGCUGUCCUUCACUCUCCUUCACUCGGGUUGGCGUCGCCGAUCUCAGGUUUCGUGUCUAAAGUUCUCUCGGGGGAGAGGAAGGGAGGGAGAGGAAGGGAGGGGGAGCCGGCCGGGAUGCCGCGCCGGGAGGUGAGACGAGAGACCGGGGCCGUGGAGGAGCGCAGAUACGGGUUACGCGCAAGGAAAGCGGUGGUGACCCCGAGUAUCGGCAGCAGCCUCUUAUCGCUGGAGGAGCGCGACGAGGAGGAUGAGGAGAGCGAGGAGUGGAAAGAGGAGAACGGCACCGAUGAGCGCUACCUGCAAAUCCUGAGCAGCGGCGCUACCCCCAUUCAUGGGCCUAAGGAAGUGCCGAUGCUGUUGGGAACAUUCGCAUUUAAAACACCCAGCAGAAAGAACAAGCUUGCAGAAGUCGCUACAGAACUGGCCAGGACACCCCAGAGUGGCACUUCCCUUCACCGGGCUCCUGCUGAGAAACCCACUCGCGCCCAGCGGUCGCCAGCUCUUCACCGCAAGCCAAAGAAAGCAUCUCUACAUGGCGUAGCCUCAACGCCGUAUCGUUUACGCAAGAGACUGAAAGAGGUUCAGUCAGACAGUGAGAGCGAGCUGUCCGAGUCUGUGUCGGAGGAGGAAGAUUCGCACAGCGAGGAGGAGACCGUGAAAAGCAGAGGAGCGGAGGGCAACAGAACCCACAAGUUGACUCCAGCGAGAGAGAGAGGCAAACGAGGAGCUCGCAUCACUAAAGAAGUGGUGGAAGAUUACUUUGACGCCCACAAAACCUCGAAGGUCAUCACUUCUGACCGCACAUUGUCCAAGCUACAGUCUCCACGCCUUGACCAGGAAACCCUCGGCCGCCUGCUCAGAGCUGUGCAGCUGCCGUUCCGCAAGGAACGCAAGCAGCUGGAGCAGGAGUACCGAGGCCUCUUCGCAAAGUGGAUGACGCAGCUCAGACUGGGGUUCAAUGUGCUGCUGUAUGGAUUGGGGUCAAAGCGCAAUCUGCUGGAGGAUUUCAGAUGCUCGCUCCUGCCCAACCGCUGCCAUGUGGUCAUCAACGGAUACUUCCCCUCCAUCACCAUCAAGAUGGUGUUGAAUUCAAUUAUAUCAGAAUUUCUAGAAGAUGGAAUCGGCAUUCGCAACCCUAUGGAGCAGCUGGAUUACAUCUGCUCCAGGUUCCGGCAGGAUAGCAGCUUGGAGCUCUACCUGGUGAUUCACAACAUCGACGGGGAGAUGCUGCGCGCCGAGCGGAACCAGCGGGUCCUGGGCCAACUGGCCAGUCUACCGAACGUGCACCUCAUCGCCAGCGUCGACCACAUCAACGGCCCUCUCAUCUGGGAGCAGAGCAAAGUUGGCUGGUUUAACUGGCUGUGGUGCGAGGUCACGACGUACGAGCCCUACGCAGAGGAGACGUCGUACGAGAACUCCCUGCUCGUCCAACAGUCGGACUCGCUUGCGCUCAGCUCUCUCACCCACGUACUGCGCAGCCUGACGCCCAAUGCCAGGGGAAUAUUCCAGCUGCUUGUGGAGCAUGAGAUCGACAAUAAAAACAACCCCUCCAAUCCAGGUUUGUCGUUCCAGGACUUCUACGAGCGCUGCCGAGUGGCGUUCCUGGUGAACAGCGACCUCACCCUGAGAGCGCAGCUCACCGAGUUCCGCGACCAUAAACUCAUCCGCACCAAGAAGGGCGCUGAUGGAGUGGAGUACCUGAGCAUUCCCAUCGACGCUUCGACGCUAAGCAGCUUCAUGGAAAACCAAGACCUGGAUUCAUGAACAGAGCGAUAGGGAAAUAGUUGGGCCCAUGCUCUGGAUUGGACAUGGAUAUAACUCCGGACGGAGCGUUGUACGCCUUGCAUUGAUCAUCACAAGAGGCUUCUGUGGCUACUACAUCUAUGAGGCUAAAUCUAACACUUGAGUCAAAUCAGGAGGAGGCUGCUUAUGCAAUGUCUAACAAUCAUGAAGUAGACAGUUCUAUUUCACACUGCUGUCCCUCAACAUGAAAAUAAAUAAAGAGUGUUUUUUUACACAUCCCAUCAGCCACACAGUCUUCCUUUCUGUGAGUGUAUAAUUUCAGCAGCACCUUUAUUUCAACACAGAAAAACUCUGGACCAGUUUCAACAUUCAGCGUCUUAUCAUCCGUCAGCCCUACUUGAAUUAAUGCUGGUGAGUUGCCAGACGUUUAUAGGUAAGAGGACCUUCUCUGUGAGAUAUGAGUUCUUGUUCGACACAAAACUCUAGUUUUGUGUUACACAAUGUAUUGUGCCUUUUGACAAGGGCAUUGGUGCUAAGUAACCGAGACAUAUAAAAUGUCUCCCUCUGCAAUUAUAUAAGCUGCCAUGAUUCAGGGCAUGAGGUGAUUCUGAAAAUCUGUUCUAUCUUUCCCUUAUGGUGUAUCAUCCAGCACUCACCGAUUCACUCUAGUCACCAGCGGUCAGUCACCUUAUUGCUCGACUAACGCUACUACCAUGGUUACCUUUCCCGUGAAUUCUAGAUUUGAAGCUUUCGUGACUGCAAAGAUUCAUACUCUUUGGUUUUAUUCGGUAAAGUCACGUAGAUAAAAUAAAAGAAAAU